AAUCGCAUUUCCCAGUUUUUCCAAUCCCAUUCCACACCUUUAGCAUCCGAUUCCCUUUCACCUUCUCCACCCACUGUUUCCCCCAAAUGUCUAUUUAAAUCCACGAUGCGAAUUCCGAAGAAUCCCGUUUCCUUCUGCCUUUCCACCUUCUCCGCCGAGUUUCCCGCCCUUUUCUCCUUCCGUGUUCUUCGCUUCUCUCUCGGUAUUCCCGCCAGAAUCAAAGCAAUUCACACUACAGGUCUUCCUUCUUGGAGUAUAUCUUGGAAAUUACUUAGGCUCGGCACAUAACGGAGUGCGCCGUGUGCUUUUUGGAUCGUUUUUACACCAGAGGGGCUUACCAGAUGCAUGCCAGCUAUCCGAUGGACCAGAUUCCAGAGACUGUUGUAAGCAAAAAGGGUUUGGAAUUUGAGUUCAUGACCACUGAUAAUGGAACUGCAAAACCAUACAUUUGGCCAUCUCCUGAGGGAGGGCAGAAAAUCGAUAUAGGAAAACAUAUUUUCUGCAACCGAUCUUUGAAUAUGAGGAAUAUUGUUGCUGUUGGCUUUGAUAUGGAUUACACUUUGGCACAGUACAAACCAGAGACCUUUGAGUCGCUUGCAUAUGACGGCACAAUCAGGAAGUUGGUCUAUAAUUUGGGCUAUCCUAAAGAGUUACUGAAGUGGACAUUUGAUUCCAAAUACAUGGUUAGAGGCCUAGUUUUGGAUAAAAAGAAAGGCAACACCUUAAAGAUGGAUCGGCAUAAGUAUGUAAAAGUCGCAUACCAUGGUUUCAGAGAGAUGUCUAAGGAGGAUAAAGUUGAGACCUAUGGGAACACGCUGAUACGAGAUGCCUUUGAUGAACCAGAUUAUGCCCUUAUUGAUACUCUCUUUUCACUAGCUGAGGCAUACUUGUUUGCUCAACUUGUUGAUUUUAAGGACAAUAAUCCUAGAAAAGUUCCAGAGAGUGUUGAUUACGCUUGCAUGUAUAAAGAUGUUCGAGCUGCUGUUGAUUUGUGCCAUCGAGAUGGAACCUUAAAACAGAUGGUUGCAAAGGAUCCUCAAAGGUAUAUUAACGAGGAUACUUCAAUAAUGCCCAUGCUGAAAAUGCUAAGAGAUUCAGGACGCUCUACAUUCUUGGUUACAAAUAGUUUAUGGGACUAUACCAAUAUUGUGAUGAAUUUUCUCUGUGGAUCCCGGACCUUAUCUGAUGGUAGUUCUUGCAAUUUUGAUUGGCUUCAGUACUUUGAUAUUGUCAUCACGGGCAGUGCAAAACCUGGCUUCUUCAAUGAAGAAAAAUUUGCCAAUCUUUUUGAGGUUGACCCUGAGUCUGGGAUGCUACGAAAUACUGAUAAUGGAACCCCUAUGCCUCAGGUAGGAAAUAUUUCACCAAUACUAGCCAUAGAGGAUUCAAAUAAGAGCUGUCGAGUUUUCCAGGGAGGCAAUGUUGGUCAUCUGCACAAAUUGCUUUCUAUAGAGUCAAGUUCGCAGGUUCUUUAUGCUGGAGAUCAUAUCUAUGGAGAUAUUUUGCGAAGCAAGAAGGUUCUUGGUUGGAGAACAAUGCUUGUUGUUCCAGAGCUUGAAAGGGAGGUUAAGCUGCUUUGGGAAUUGAGGGAUAUGCGUAAGCAACUUCAACUGCUGAGGAAUGAACGUGAUCUCAUUGAAGACCGAAUUCAUCACUUUAAGUGGCAUCUGAAGUUUGAAAGUCCCAAUGAUGUUGAGAAGCAGACUAUAUCUUCUACACUUCAUGAAUUGGAGUGUCAACGAGAUCAAGUGCGACUUGCUCAUCAACUUGCCCAACGAGAAUAUCACCAAAAGUUUCACAAGGUCUGGGGACAACUGAUGAAAACUGGGUAUCAGAAUUCUCGCUUUGCUCAUCAGGUUGAGAGAUUUGCCUGUCUUUACACCAGCCAAGUAUCCAACUUAAGCUUGUACUCCCCUGACAAAUACUAUAGGCACAGUGAAGAUUUCAUGCCUCAUGAAUUUGAUAUUCUUCCUUUGGGAGACUAGUACUCAGCCUGGAAGGUUAGAGGUGUAUCUCCAAGAGGACCAUGACUGUAGCUGAUCUGCAUGACCGUAGUUAAUUUCCUUUUUAGGGAGGCACAAAAAGAAAGCUGCAACGUUUUUUGCCUUCCCACAAAUAGUCGUUGUCGCUACCUGUAAAGAAAAAGAAAAAUACAAUAAUUGAAAAUGUCUCAUUUGUAAAAAUAAGAAAGAAAAAAAAAAAGUGAAAGUGAAAAUGAAAAUUCAGCUCGGUU